CGCGAAGUGAACUUCGAAAAAUCGAGCAAAGACGAAGAUGAUGGAUGAGAGUGAAGACGUAUUCGAAGAUUGGGAAGACGCUUUCUUGGACCAAUUAAUCCAGGUGGAAGAACUUGCUCUCUCUUCUAUUGCAAAACCAAGUUCCAAUCCUCCUCAUUCCCAUAAUCCUCCUCCUCCGCCUCCUCCGACCUCUUCAUUCACUUCGCACGCCCCUUCACAACCGCCUCAAUCACGCCGCCACCACCUCCAACAACCGCCGCAUUCUUUCGCGGCUUCUUCCUCCUAUAAUGAUGUUAGUUACUCGCCCCCACGAGAGCUCUCUCAAAGGAGCACGGAUUUUGAUUCUUUUCAACACUCUCCGAGUCGCCCUGCAAAAUGCCCUUCUCUUGCGGUUGCUCCGAUUGCACGACGACCCGAUAAAGACAAAGAUGAUGAAAUCGAGCGGUUAAAGAGGGAGCUUGGACAAGCAUCGAAGCAGCUUGCUCUCCUGGAAAAGGAGUGUCUUGAAUUAAAGAAACAAAGAGAAAAGAAAGAUGAGCAGCUCAAGUUUGUGGCUUCAAAGAAUGAAGAAGAAAAUGAAUAUGCGAACCAGUCAAAGAGUAUAAACAUCAUCUGUACAAAUUCUAAUGAUCAUGAUGGCAGGGAAUGGAGAAAUCUUGCUUCAGAUCGUCAUGGCAUCUCUCAAAAAAUUCACAAUAGACAACCUUCAAAAGUGCAGGCUGCUGGGUCUAAUUAUAAAGCUACAGGAGUUCAGACAGACAUAGACACUCAGAAGGAAGCUCAAAAUAUUCUGAAUGAUGAUGUGCCGGCUUGUCUUGAACUUUCUGAGAAGUUGCUGGCAAUUUGGGGCUCAUCGGGUGAACAAAAGCUAGGAAGCAACGUGACAUCCAAAUUGCUUGUGGGCUGUCAACGAGAUUUUCAUAUUCUUUUUGGGUUGAUGCCCAUAAAUCUACCCUCUAAAAUAACAACCAAAUUUCUUACAGAUAUAAGUUCUUCUGGAGUAGCAUUGCAGUAUAUGAAGGACUGUUUUCAUACUCCAGAAGCAAUAAAAGUGUCACAACUCUACCAUAUGUUGACAAAGAUAACUGAAGGGACAGCUGUGUUGGAAACUUUGUUUGAACCAUUACUUGACCUUUGUAGUGUUAAAAAUGUUGUUGUUGUCCAUAGCUCUCUAUGCAUACUGCAUACUUAUCUGAAACUCCUACUGGAAUUGGAAAAUUACUCCUGCACUUUACUCAGGGACAAUGUGCUUGUUGAGGGAGUUUGCUUGGAGAACAAUAUUGUUGAUUCUUGUGGACCUGAACUUGCGAAAGAUGAAAAAAACUCUUAUAUGCACACCAAUGAGACAUCUCAUGCAGGGUGCGAUCAGCUCCAGCCAGAAUUGUUUGAUGUAGGAAUGCUGAGCAAAAGAAGGUGUUUGAACCAUCGGAGUUCCUUGCAGCCUCAAAUAGAUUGGGUUUAUCUUUUUGAAGUAAUGCAUCAUAUUGCUAUGAAGAUGACGGAGGAAAGUGUGAGAGUGGAAGCUGUAUCCAUCAUGAAUGUGAUACUUCUAAGAAGUAAUGCUUACAUUGAUAGGGAGCGGUUCGGACAGAAAAUGGCAUUUGACACCAUUUCACAGUUGCUUAAAAGGGAUGUUGGGUUACGUGUGAAACAGCAUGCCCUGAGACUUUUGUUCCCCAAAUUCAAUAUCAUUCUUCAAGGUUUGGCAGAUUGUGUUGCAUCCCAUGGAAGUGGAUUACAGGUGUUGAAACUACGCCGAAAUGCUAUUCUUGUGCUGGCAUUCCUUGCAUCGUCUGGAAAAGCUGGCUUUGACAUUCUUGUCGGUCAUCGGCUCUCCAGAGGAACAAACUAUCUGUUGCUGAUUUUGCAAGUACUGGCAUCACAGGUUGAUCAAGAAGCUAAAGCUGUUGAGGAGCUGCCAGAGAUUUUCAGGGAGAGGACAUUUCUGAUGCGGGAGAUACUAAUAUUGCUCAACAGGCUAGUGUCCAGUCCUUCAUACUCUGCCACCGUCUUGCAAGUUUUAACAAGGACCAGAGAUAUGGCCAGCUUAACAAUUGAUGUUGCAAACAGAUUGUCCUGGAAAUGUAGGACAAUGAAGGGACAUAACAGCAUGGUAAAUCAUACAAGAGAAACCGAAAUCGUUGAUCUGGGCCGUGUCUUUAAGAAAAGGGUAUUCACAUAUUUAGGGGAUGACUUCUAGUAGUGUUUCUCCCCUGAUAAUUUUGUAUCCAUAUUAUAUGGACCUGCGAUAAGAGCGGUGCAGAGCGGUUUGGCUAACUGGGCACUAUAAUUUUUGAUGGAUUAGCAGAUAACAUGUAGUUGCAAUCUGCAAUGUGCCCUAUAGAAAAUUUUGACUAGUCAAUGUUCAUAAUUUGGUCGUCCGCAGUGGUAUCUUUACGUGAAUGAAAGAAUUCUUGUCUGAGCUUA